AUGCCUGUCAAGAUUAGCAUUUAUCGUGCGUUCGGCCAAUUUUUGAAGAUGAUCGAGAAGACGUCGGAGUCGGACGCGGACGCGGCCACCGAUCGCGCCGUCGCCGUCGUCAGCGACUAUCAGAACGGCUUGUCGCCGCUCGAGACUCGCAGUUGUCCGGUGGUGGCGCGCCACGCGCAACUCGUGGCGCCGCGUCGCACCCAGAGUUGCCACGUGUCGUUCUACGCCGGCCCGGAACGCGUCGAGUUGCCGUCGUCGCCGAUCACCAGCGAACAAUCGCGAACCAUGAACGCCGCCACACUGUUGAUGUUCAACUUUUGGCAGAACGACGGUCUCGACAAGAAUGAGUGUAGUCUGUUCGAGAAGCUCGACGGCGUGUUUAGCGACUAUGAGUCGAAGAUCGAUGAGAGCGUGACGACGCUGAUGGAGAAUGUGAAGCGCAUCAACGAGGAGCACGAUUUUCUCGCCGCGUUCGACGAGUACUUUGAGCGAACGCAAGCCACGCUGGCCGACGCGUCGUCGGACGAUUCGGAAGGCCCGUUGACGCAUUGUAUGAAGUGCAUGUGCUUCAACUGUUGGCGUCAGACCACUUCGAUGACGACGUGGCAAUCGACGGAUUCGAAUUUCCCGCAACUCCCGGUUUUUGUUCGCUCGCCCGUCGAUUCCUUGAAGCUUUAUCAACGACGAUCGAUGAGUCUUGAUUCGUUGACAUCUGAAGACAGCUCCACACGGAGCUGCUCAUCUGAGAGCGUUGCCAACGAGCCAUUCAUUGGACCCCUUCCGAAGCCCAAUUCGAUUCUCGCGUCUUCGCCGCUCUUCGUUCCACGUCGUAAUGUGCUGGAUUCGGCGCAGCGAAAAAUCGAGCUCCUUUGCAAGAAGAUUGAGAUUCAAGAGAAGAUCAUUGGCGAGAUGAUGGCCUUGCGACAAGUCGAAGAGGAACUCGAUAAAUGCUAA